AUGGUGCUCUGCUCCGUGCCGGCCGCUCUAUCCAACCACAGGCUUUCACUCGGUGGCUUCCGGCUGCAUUUGGUUUGGCUCCAGCACUGGCAUUCCCUGACAGGCUCUGCACGUGGGCACGGCGUGGGCUCCGGCGACCCUGCUUCCACCGGCAUGUUCGAGGAGCCCGAAUGGGUCGAGGCGGCCCCAGCAGCCUUGGGCCUCCGUCCCGCGACAACACAGACUCGGCCAGCGACUGCCCCACCAGUCAAGGGCCGCAAGCGCCGCCAUCUCUUGGCCACAUUACGGACCCUGGAAGCAGCAUCUCUUUCCCAGAAAUCUCCCAGCCCACCUGGCAGUGAUUCUGAGGAGGAGGUAGGAAGGAAGAACAAAUACCUCCAAAGGCCCUCACUUGCUAAUGCCUCGAAGGAAGUAGGGGAGAAAAGAAAAAGGAAAUGUCAAAAACAGUUGCCAUCUAUCAGUGACUCUGAGAGCAAGGAAGUAGAAAGGAAAUGCUGCAGACAAACUCUUGGUGGGAUCUCUGCUGAAGAAGAAAAAGGAAAGAGGAAAUGCCAGAAAUAUUCUCAUUCACACUCAUCCCAGCAACUGGACAGUGUUGAUCAAACAGUUCACAGUUCAAGGACAAGUACUGCUACAGUUGAUCCACCCAAGCCAAGCCCUGAGUCCACAUCCUGUAACUCCUCGCAUACCCUGAGCCGCAAACAGUGGCGGAACCGGCAGAAGAAUAAGCGGAGACACAAAAACAAAUUUCGGCCACUUCAGACACCAGACCAGGUUCCUGCCAAGGCCUCCACAGAGGAGACUGAGGUGCCUCGCCCAAAGUCAGACAGUCAGCAGACUAGAGCUGGGGCCUUACGAGCACGCAUGACACAACGGCUGGAUGGGGCCCGAUUUCGAUACCUUAAUGAACAGUUGUACUCAGGGCCCAGCAGUGCUGCCCAACGCCUCUUCCAGGAAGACCCUGAGGCUUUUCUCCUCUAUCACCGUGGCUUUCAGAAACAAGUGAAGAAAUGGCCACUGCACCCAGUGGACCGUAUUGCCAAAGAUCUCCGCCAGAAGCCUGCAUCCUUGGUGGUAGCUGACUUUGGCUGCGGAGAUUGCCGCCUAGCUUCAAGUGUUCGGAACCCUGUGCACUGUUUUGAUUUGGCCUCUCUGGACCCCAGGGUCACUGUAUGUGACAUGGCCCAAGUGCCUCUGGACAAUGAAUCUGUGGAUGUGGCUGUGUUUUGCCUUUCACUAAUGGGAACUAACAUCAGGGACUUCCUUGAGGAGGCAAAUCGAGUGCUGAAGCCAGGGGGUCUGCUCAAAGUAGCUGAAGUCAGCAGCCGCUUUGAGGAUAUUCGGACGUUUUUGGGGGCUGUGACCAAACUUGGCUUUAAGGUUAUCUACAAGGACCUGACCAACAGCCAUUUCUUCUUGUUUGACUUUGAAAAGACUGGGCCUCCUAGAGUAGGACCCAAAGCCCAACUUUCAGGCCUGAAACUUCAGCCCUGUCUCUACAAGCGCAGGUAACCAAUGGACACCUGUUAAAAGGGGAAGGCUCAGACUCCAAACUCAGAACUCUGAAGACUGUACUUACCCAAGCUUUGAGCCAGGACCUGGUGCCACACUCCUUCUGUACCAAGAAUGCUGGUAAAGCCUUCAUUCAGCUCAGCUCUGCUCUAACAGAGCCCUCUCAGCUAUAAAAAGCAUGAAGUAACUUGGGCAGGCUCAAGAAUGAGUUUAUUGUGAGGGCAUUGGUAUGUUCUGGGAAUUGUGGGUCACUUCAGGUAUCAUGUAAACUAGUUGGCUUGGAAGUGAUAGAUCUCUGGGUUUGGUUUCUCUUCAUCUUUCAGAAGGUGCCUGGGCACUCCACUGUGUCGUCUUUGACUGUAUUGUGUAGCCUCUGCUCAUCCAUAGUUUCUGCUCCUUCAACUUCAAGACUACAGAUAGCUUUUGCCUCAUGGCAGGCCCUAAUGCUAGUGCCUACUGGGGCUGGGAGUUAUUUCUUUCUCUUUUGGAGCUGAGAAUCAUUUCAUUUCUUUCUUUCUGUUGUUGUUUUGAGACAGCAUCUCACACUAGUCCAGGCUGACCUCAAAUGGUAAUUCUCCUGCCUUAGCCUCCUGAUUAUUGAGAUUACAGGCAUGAGCCACUAUACCCAGCUUAAUUAUUAAUUUCUGAAUAUUCCAUUUCUUAUUUGAAAAAUGUAAAAUUCUUGUGUUCCAGCAUGUUGUAUGGGUCAACUGAGGAAAGCUGCAGCAAGAGCUGGGAACAUAAAGAGCUGGCGCUGAACAAAUCAGCUUUGGCUGUUAUGUGUCAAUCUUACUGUUCUUUAACGAUCACCCCUAAGAUGGCUUGGAGGUUGAAGAGUAAAUAAUUUAGUUGUGGCUGAGAAAGAUUAGGAGAGUUUGGUAUAGGCACGUAUACAGGCUUAUUUGAUAUUUAGAGGCUUAAUGCAUUUGAAGCUUUCAUCUGUUCAUAAGCAACAACUGAUUGGGCUGCUCAUUGGCAGGAUCUGGCCAUGGCACCUACCUUGCAUGUCAGAGGAAAGCUACAGGCAGGAACUAAAGUACUCAAGUUCCUGAACUAGUGCUGGGAAGAUGAGCUGGGAUGGCAUGCUGUAUAAAGAUACAGCCUCUUCUACCCAUUCACAAAAAUAAGACCUCAUGGUUCCCUCUAGGAGCAAAUAGGUCUCAGGAUUCUGAUUUGAUUAGAUGCUCCCAGGCCUAAAGAAAGAAGACACAGGCCAAAAGGCAUGUUUGGAGGUUAGACUAUGAGGCCAACAAUAUACAAUAUACAAUAUACAAUAUACAAUAUACAAUAUACAGCUUUGUGUGCAGUGUUGCUGCUGAGCACACAUCUCACGAGCAAAGUUUACUCGUCUUCCCAAAUACCUUAGCUGCUUAAGCCUCUUCCCCAGAAGCAUGUAUAUUCUCAACAUACUGUAUGCAAAAUGUUUCUUUAGUAUACAAGUACUGUGUUGUGGAUGGUUUAUACAUUUCACUACAGCCUUCUCAAGCCAUAUUUAUCUCUCUGUUUCCAGAGUUUGUUUACUUGUGUGUGUGUGGUGGUGGUGGGGGGUGUUUAAGGAAUUAACAGUCCACUUAACUGAACUUGAUGACAACAGGAGUGUUGCCGAAGCCAAGUCUGGGUUGCAUAAGGGUGCUGUGAACUAGUGAUGGGAAAGGUAUUCCAGCAGGUGAACCUCAAGAUGGAGUUGGUGUAAUGUUGAGGUUUUUUUUGAGAGAGAAAAAAAAUCUGCAAUAAACUGGACAGGCUGGUGUGGUCAUUCAAAAUGUUGAAUUUGGGAUCCAGGGAGAUGACUCAGUGGCUAACAGCACUGCUGUGCAAGCAUGGAGACCUGAGUUCAGAUCCUUAGCACUACAUAGAAAUGCAUGCCUAUAGCUCCAAAGCUGCGGAGGGAUGGGCUAGUGGAGACAGACUAUUGGGGUUUGUAGGCCAGCCAACUUACCUCAACAGUGGUCAGUACCAGACCCAGUAAGAAGUUGUCUUAAAGGAAUAAGGUAGAGAAUGAUAAAAGCAGGAAACUUGAUGUCAUCCUUUGGCUCCCACCCCUACCCGCGCGCGCGCGUGCACAUACACACACACACACACACACACACACACACACACUAUCCACUCUCACAUGCAGCAUACCCAGCUUAAAGAACAGGAGAUUGAAGGAAGGAGAAGAGUGGUAAUGGGAGGGGUUAACUGUGAAAGACAGUGGCUUUCAAACUUUAGAGUGACUGGAGUCAUCUGCAAGGUUCAUUAUAAUGCUGUGUCCCGAGCCCUCUCCUGUAGUUUCUGGUUCUGUAGAUCUGAGUAGGGCCCUAGAAAUUCUUUUCUGGUGGCUUUGGGUUUUUUCCUUGAAGGAGGAAGCAAAAUUUAUUCAUUGAAAGUAAAAAUGGAGAGAGGAUUGGGAUUUUGAGGAAAGGAAAAUGAAGAUCAUUUCAAGGAGAAUAGAGGAGAAUGAAUAAUGGUUGGUGGCACAUGCCUUUAAUCCCAGCACUUGGGAGGCAGAAGCAGGAAGAUCUCUUGAGUUUGAGGCCAGCCUGGUCUACGUAGUUCCAGGCCACCCAGGGGAUACAUAGUGAGACGCUGAACUAAGGAAAUGGAGUAGAAGUAUUGGCAGUGUUAAUAACACAUGAAGUUUGAGUCAUAAGAGGAUGGGAGCAUGGUACAGUGUUGUGUCAGGAACUUGUUACUUUCCUUUACUACUACUAAGAAAGGGGAGAAGGUCAAGUUUCUGCCUACUGACCACAAGUCUAGCUAGGGUCUACUGAGACCAUUAGGGAAGCAUGAGAUAUUUAUUUCUACUGCUGAGGAAUGAUGAGCCUAAGGUCUUAUUCCUGCCAUGAAAAAAGCUCUGAGGCUGUUUGGAUGGUGUGGUAGUGGGGUGCUGCUGCUUUGGCACUAGCUUUCAUUCCCAGAAUGUGCCCUGGCAAUAGAACAUGAGUAUCUUCUAUGCAUCUUGUGUUAGUGUAAGAUGGGCUUGAGUCCUGUCCUGUGGGACCAUUUUGAAGAGAUAAAGAGACUUCAUAACAAGCAGCAAGGAGUCAGCCAUUUGGGCUGAUGGAACCAUUUCAGAAGGCCACCCAGAAUAGUGCAGUAUCCAUCAGAGACUAACAGGAAUUUCACCUUUGAAUUUCCACCAGGGACCUGCCAGGUCAAAGAACCACCAAGUCAAACCAGACUUGCAGGCUUUCCUUGUCUCUCCUCCUCAGUACUUGUGUCUGAAGGUGGGAAAGAGUUGUGGAGAGCAGGGAGCUCUCCUCCAUUCCCUAAAGCAGCCUCCUUGACUUAGGUGAGGCAAAGCUGGGAGGAGGAAAGAUUUAAAGCCACCACAGGGGCCAGUUAUUUAUUACACAGAAUUAUGCAUGCUAAUUUAGAUUGUUUACUUCUUGAGCUGAUCACAGGACUGUCAGUUAACUAAGAAUAUCACAGUGGGGCUGGACAGAUGUUUCUGUGGUUGAGAGCUCUGCCUGCUCUUGAAAAGAAUACAGGUUCGAUUCCCAGCACCCACAAGGUGGCUCAUAACCAUCUGACUCCAGCCCUAGGGGAUCCAAUGCCCACUUUGGCAUCUGGGCACACCAGGCUCCCACAUGGUCCACAGACAUACAUGCAGGCAAAACACUCAUGAAACAAGUAAACAAAUUAAUAAAUAAAUAGAAGACAAUUAUAGGCUUGCUGCAGCCUUUCUCAGCAGAGAAAGAGUUUACUCUUUCAGGGCUGUGGGGGAAAAGAAUGAAGUUGAUAUGGAUAUCAAUCUAGACCUGGGUCAUGUUCAAUAUCCCUUUUAGAGCUCUCCAAGUAGUGUUCUGCAAUUAUUCCUGUGCUCCUGAUUUUGUUCCCUUAAAACAGUCCUAAGAGAGAACACAGUUCCAAAAGAAACAGUGUGAUCUUGGCAGAGACAGCUCAGUUCCAAGCACUCACCAGUUACGUAAUCACACAAAGCUCUCUGGCUUUUCACAGAAACUAGUAAUUAGAGCCUUUCAUUUCCAGGUCAUCAUCUUUCCCAGGUGAGUUCUCUAACUAGCCACCUGGUUGUAGGACUUUUUGGCUACUGCAGUGAUUGCUUUAGGGAUCUAAUUGCCUUUGCUUCCCAAAGCAAUUCAUUUUCCAUAUUGCAAAGUGAUCUUUAUGAAAAUGUAAAUCAGAUUAUGUCACCUUUCUGCAUAAAAUCCUUCAAUGAAUUCUCAUUGCUUGAAAACAAAAGACAGACUCCUUCCCAGGUCCUGUGUGAUUUUACCCAGGCAUUGUUCUGCAGUCCAACUGCAUCUUAAAACUCACUCUUCCCCUCAGUACUCCAGCAGGAGCUUGCUAUUCAUUGCUCAUGCACUCCAAGCUCUCUCUACAUCUAUACAUGCCCCCUCCAUCUUCCUAAAAUAUUCUUUCCCUCAAUUCAUUUUCAUCUUCUGGAUCUUCUUACCAGUGACAUGUUUUUCUUUCCUGUGGAAGAAAUUCCCCAGGUGCUCUCUUUCUGGACAUAGAAUUAAACUCUUAUUCCAGCAAUGUACACUAGGCAGGUCAUGGAUAGUCAGGGUGAUGUUUUCAUACAAAGAAAGUGAAAGGCAGAUGAACUGUGUCCAUUUUCUCCCACUUCUUUCCCUACCUAGAAAGGUCCGGUUUUAAAGAUGAUGGAGUCAUAGUAUACAAGAAGUUUGGCCAUUUAGGAGAAAAUUGAACUCUGAAACAGAACUAAACCCCUAAAGCUAAUGAAUGCGAGCAUGUUACAGCAAUUGUCAUUAUGCAUCCUGCGUAUGUCUUCCUGUCCAUCAUACCACAAAGUCCUCUUUCAUGUAGCAUGCUUCAACAUUUAUCUUACCACUUGCCAGUAUAUACUUUCUAAUUGUCCCACUUUAAAUAUUUGUUUUUAUUUUUUAACUACAUAUAUGGGGGUUAUGCAUGUGUGAGUACAGUGGCUGAGACCAAAGACAUGGAAUUUCUUGGAGCUGGAGUUAUAGGCAGUUGUGAGCUGCCUGAUGAGGGUUUGGAAAAUUGAACUUGAGUCCUCUGCAGGAGAAGUACUCACUCUUACUAUCUUUCCAACCUCUUAUCCUACUUUUAAAUGAAGAAAAAUAAUGCUCACAUCAGAAAACAAAUAUUUUAUCAAUUAUUUAUAACUAAAAAAUUCCCAGUAAAUGUUUUAAACACUUAAAUUUUUUUUCCUAAUAUAACAAGGAACCUGAAGGUUGAUGACUUGGCUUUAGUUCAGGAGCUCAGAAGUGUCAAGUGUAAGGGCUUUGUGCUUCUCUUGGUGUCCUGAUUCUCAUAGUCACAGAUGCAUUCUUAAUUAGGCAGAGACACCUUACUGACUAGACUGCUUGGAAGUCUCUCUGAUUGCCACAGCACUCCCCACCUACCCCCUUUGGCUUCACUUCAAGGAUCUGUUCACUUGUUAGUACUCUGGUAUAAAUAUGUUAUGUUCUCCAUGAUGACUGAAUCCAGUC